CUGUGCUUAGUUUCUGUGUCGCUACUAAUUUUGCGUAAAAGGUCAUACGACCAAUAAGAAAAAGGAGACUGCAGAGCAACCGGAGGUGACAAUAAAAAUGGCUGCCCCCAUGGUUGUCUUGGGCCGUGUUUGUGCCCGUGGCUCUAGCUGGACUAGAGUGAUCGUCGUAUCCAAGUGUAGAGUUAGCUGUCUACAGCCGCUGGGAGGCGUCAACCAGUCGUCCUGGAGAACCUACAGUGCACUAGUCUCCGGUACCGGGGAGAAGGUCACACACACCGGCCAGGUCUUUGAUGAAAAAGACUACAGAAAAGUAAGGUUUGUUGGACGACAAAAGGAGGUGAAUGAACAGUUUGCCAUUAGCUUGAUAGCAGAGCAGCCUGUUAACCAAGCUGAAGAUAGAAUUGUGUCUUGUGAUGGAGGCGGUGGAGCUUUGGGGCACCCUAGAGUCUAUAUUAACUUAGACAAAGAAACGAAAACCGGCACUUGUGGAUACUGUGGACUUCAGUUUAAACAGAAACAUCAUCACUGAAUUUAGUAUAUAAACAUACAGAUUAAGUGUACAAAUUAUACAAUAAAACCAUAAUUUAAA